AUGGCGAAGAAAUUCGUGGUCUCUGGAACAGCGUCCGCCUGGCGAUGGAAACGGUUCCGCCAGGCGGUAGUUGCAGAAUUUGUGAUUUAUGGGGCGCUUGGCGCCUGGCGCUAUAAUAUGUGGCGUGCACGAGCUAUGGCUAACAGGAGGAGGAGGAACCCCGCUGGAGUUGAUGACAUAGCUCAGGCGAUCCAUCGUAUGGUGGACGCGAUGCAGCCCAUAGCGGCGCCACCCAGAGCUGUAGUGGCACCUACUCGGCCAGUAGCUAUGGAGGAUUUCAUGAAACACCAGCCGGCCAAGUUCUCUGGCAAGGCCACUCCUGACGAGGCAGAUGCCUGGAUGCGGGAAUGUGAGAAGAUCUGUAGGGUGUUGGGAUGCACAGAUGAGCAGAGACUGUUGUUUGUCACGUUUCUUCUGGUGGCAGACGCAGAGUAUUGGUGGCAGGGGAUGCAGCAGUUGAUGCAGACCCGUGGGGAGCAGGUGACGUGGACUGCCUUCAGGACGAGGUUCCUGGAGAAGUACUUUCCCGACAGUGCGAGGCACGAACGGGAGGCAGAGUUCCUUACUCUUCAGCAGGGGACCAUGACGAUGGCGGCUUACAUAGAGAGGUUCGAAUAUCUGGCGCGUUUCUACACUCCAGUAGUCACCGAGAAGUGGAGGUGUAGGAGGUUCGAGGGCGGAUUAAAACAUGAGAUACGCCGCUUCAUUGUGCCACUUCGGAUUAGAGAGUUUCCAGUUUUGGUCGAGCAGGCCAAAACUGUGGAGCAGUUGGAGACUGGGUCGAGUAGUGGGGGGAAACAGCAGAGGACUACCCCAGAUGUCAGACCUCAGCGGAAACCUUAUAGCAGACCGCCGACUACCUGGGGAAGAUUACGGUGUUAUAACUGUGGCGGAGAACACUUGAGGAGGGAUUGUACUAAACCGGCCAGCAGUACAGGUGGAGGCAGUAGUACUGGUAGGUGCUACGUAUGCCAGCAGACAGGGCACUUUGCACGUCAGUGUCCUAACAGAAGACAAGCUGGUGGUGCGCCAGCUACGAGGCCAGUAGGAGAUCGACCCAGAGCAUCGGGGCGUGUGUUCGCCUUGACGACCACAGAGGCGAAACAGUCAGGUAACCUUUUGCAGUUUCUAUGUCUGUUGUGUGACCACGAGGUAGUGGUGUUGUUCGACUCAGGAGCCACUCAUUCGUUUGUGUCUAAUGAAUGUGUGAGGAGGCUUGGGCUCACGAUGCGAGCGCUGGGGUGCGAGCUUUUAGUUGCGAUGCCAGCGUCUGGAGAGGUAUCCACCACUUCUAUGUGCGUGGGGUGUCCUAUGGAGGUGGCAGGCCGUAGGUUCAGGCUGAAUCUCAUAUGCUUGUCGAUGGAGGGUUUAGAUGUGAUUCUAGGCAUGGAUUGGUUGUCGAAUAACCAUGUCGUCAUUGAUUACGGGCAGCGCAAGAUAGUGUUUCCUGAUACGGUGGGGUUAGAACUUAUCUCGACUAAUCAGGCGGUGAGGGAGAUUGAGGCUGGAGCUACAUGUUACAUGAUUGUGGCUCAGGCAGAGAAGAUGAGCACGGCCGAGCAGAUCAGCAGGAUCCCGGUAGUGGAGGAAUAUGCAGAUGUAUUCCCGGAUGAGAUUCUGGAACUACCGCCUAGUAGGGAUGUAGAUUUCUCCAUUGAUCUCAUCCCUGGCGCUGGGCUAGUUUCUAUGGCACCGUACAGAAUGGCGCCUGCUGAGUUAGCUGAGCUAAAGAAACAGAUUGAGGAUCUGCUUGAGAAGAAGAUUGAUGAUCUGUUGGAUCAGUUGAGGGGAGCUGCGGUGUUCUCAAAAAUAGACCUGAGAUCUGGGUAUCAUCAGAUCCUUGUCAGGCCGGAGGAUGUCCAGAAGACAGCUUUUCGAUCACGGUAUGGUCACUACGAGUACGUAGUAAUGCCAUUUGGGGUGACCAAUGCGCCGACUAUAUUCAUGGAUUACAUGAAUAGGAUUUUCAGGCCAUAUCUAGAUCAGUUUGUAGUGGUGUUUAUUGAUGACAUUCUGAUCUACUCCGAGAGCAGAGAAGAACACGCAGAGCAUCUGAGAAUAGUAUUGGGGAUUCUCAGAGAGCACCAGUUGUAUGGGAAGUUGUCGAAAUGUGAAUUCUGGUUGGAAGAGGUACAAUUCCUGGGUCACGUGAUCUCAGCCCAAGGAAUAGCCGUUGAUCUGGCGAAGAUAGAGACUGUGGUGAAGUGGGAGAGGCCCCAAACAGUUUCAGAGGUGCGUAGUUUUCUGGGUUUGGCAGGGUAUUAUAGACGGUUUGUGGAGGGUUUCUCCAAGAUGGUGAGUCCUCUUACACAGCUUACGAGAAAGGACCAGCCUUUCUCGUGGACAGACGAGUGUGAAGCUUGCUUCGAGGAUAUGAAGAGAAGACUGACCACCGCACCGAUAUUGGCAAUCCCUGACACGACUAAAACAUUUGAGGUGUACUGUGAUGCCUCGUAUCAGGGGUUGGGCUGUGUGCUAAUGCAGGAUAAACGGCCUGUAGCUUAUGCAUCGAGACAGUUGAAGGUGCAUGAGAAGAAUUACCCGACACACGACUUGGAGUUAGCGGCAGUCGUGUUUGCCCCCAAGACAUGGAGGCAUUACCUGAAGAGAAUUCAUGUAUCAGCUAUGAUGAUUAGGGAGUUGGAGCUGAUAGAGCAGUUAAGGGACAUGAAUCUGGGGUUGGAUAUGGGGCCUGGACAGAUACGAUGCAGCAUGUUGAGGAUCACGAAUGAGUUCCUAGAUGAGCUCCGGAUGGAACAGGGGAAGGAUCAGGAACUGCAGAUGAUAAUUGGUGAGUUGGGCACUGAGAAGAGGAAGGAUUUCCGAAUGGGUAGAGACGGGAUCCUACGGUUCAGGGAGAGAGUGUGUGUUCCAAACAGCAGGUGGAAAUGGGACAGCAUUUCCAUGGAUUUCAUCACUCACCUGCCGAGAUCAGUGAGAGGACACGACUCAAUCUGGGUGAUAGUAGACAGGUUGACGAAGUGUGCUCAUUUUCUGCCGAUUAACCAGAAGAUGAAUAUGGAUAGGCUGGCGGAUUUGUAUGUGCGAGAGAUUGUUAGAUUACAUGGAGUGCCAGCGAGUAUUGUGUCAGAUAGAGACCCGAGGUUCACAUCGAGGUUCUGGCAGUCGUUGCAAAAUGCUUUGGGUACUCAACUUAGGAUGAGCUCCGCCUAUCAUCCUCAGACAGAUGGACAGUCUGAGCGGACUAUACAGUCGUUGGAGGACCUGUUGAGGACCUGUGUUUUAGACCAUCUGGGUACAUGGAGUGAUGUGUUGCCAUUGGUAGAAUUCACGUAUAAUAACAGUUACCAUACCAGUAUUGGGAUGGCUCCCUACGAGGCCCUGUAUGGUAGGAGAUGUAGGACGCCAUUGUGUUGGCAACAGGAUGGCGAGGCAGUGGUUCUUGGGCCAGAGUUCUUACAGCAGACCACCGAGAAGGUGAGGGUGAUUCAGGAUUGGAUGCGCGCGACUCAGAGCAGGCAGAAGUCGUACGCGGACAAGAGGAGGAGGCCGCUUGAGUUUGAGGCAGGGGACCACGUAUUUCUCAGAGUUACCCCUACUGCAGGUAUUGGCAGGGCACUUAAAUCGAGGAAGCUGACACCUCGAUUCAUCGGACCAUAUCAGAUCAUGAGGAGGAUUGGUCCUGCAGCGUACGAGAUGGCAUUGCCACCACACUUGGGAAACUUGCAUAAUGUUUUCCAUGUGUCACAGUUGAGAAAAUAUAUAGCCGAUCCUACACACAUUCUGGAGGAUGAUGAUGUGCAGAUACGGGAGGACUAA